UCCGAAAAAAGCUAUUAGCAUAUCGAUCAAGAUGGCGGCGGCGUCAGAAAAUGAUUGUCUCAAUGACCCAAACUUUGCAGUUAUUUGUAAUUUUUUGGAUCGGUAUGGUGAAAUGAUAGGCCUUGGAGACAUAUCCUACACAGAUUUACAAACAUGGCUUGAAGACACGAAGCAUGUCCCCUCUUUCCUGGUAGACCUGCAUGUUAAACUUCUUAGACGGAUGGGGAAAAGUUCCGUUUCUACAGAGCGAUGGGAACGCUAUGUAAUCAAGUUCAUACACACCUACUCCAGUGUAGACGCGUGGGAAGUGGAAAGGUUUGGAUACAAGCACUGCAAAAUAACCACCAAACUUACAAUUCUAAAGAACCUGCUUGAGAAACAGUUUGACUUCAACUCUAAGUUCAAAGAGCAGAUAAAUGCCAAGCCAGCAGAAGACAUGAGGUUUGAGCCUCUUGGUCGAGACAAAAACGGACUAGCCUAUUGGUACCUCAUUGAUAAAGAGUUCAAUGUGCGAGUGUACAGAGAGGACCAAGAUGACGUGGAUGCAGAGACUUGGGAAGUUGUCUGCAAGAGCAGGAAUGAGCUUGCCCAACUGAUUGGAACAUUGGAGAACCAAAUCCAGAACAACGAUGUUAAAGAGGAGACUGAGUCAGAAUCGGUCUCAUUGACAGAAAACACAAACGGUGACGUCAAGAAAGAGCUGAGUGACGAUGAAGACUCUGGCAAAGACACGACUGGAUUCUCCAACCUGAAGAAAGAACCAGAUAAAAUGGAUGAAGUUGACGGAGGAACAGAAGACAAGGAAGAUGGUGCAGAUGACAAGAAAAAUGUUGAUGUGAUCAAGUGUGAAAAAAGGGACAAAGAUCAGAAUGUGAAAGUGGAGGUCAAAGAAGUGAAAGUGGAGGUCAAAGAAGUGAAAGCAGAGGUCAAAGAAGAAUGUUCAGUGAGUUUGGAAGAAACCACAGCAAAUAAGGAAGAGACCACAGCAGUAAAGGAAGAAAGUAUGCAGGAAGAAAAUGUCAAAGAUUCGGUUAAAGUGGAAGAUGGUGUCAGCGUAAAACAAGAAUCUUCCAAAGAAAGCAAAGAAGAAUCCACAGAGGUAAAAAUGGAUGAUUCCUCGAAAACGGAAGAUAAUCUGAAAGAUAAGGAAGGUUUGCCGAGUGAAACGAGAGUGGGAGAGUCAUUAGGAGAGGACAGAAAAACUGGAGAGGACCCUCCUUUUGAAGUGGAUAUGAAGGAUAUAGCAGGCAAGGAAAAAAGUCCACAGCAUGAUAAAGAUUUCUCAGAGGAAGUAAAAGAGAUCAAAGCAGAGGAUGGUACUUCCAUGGAAGACGAGACUGUUAAAACAGAGGAAAAUGUUUCCGAAUCAGACAACAUUUCUAAAGAGGAAGAGAUCGAUAAAAUGGAAGAAAAUGUUUCAAAAGAAAAUAUUUCAACAAAAGAAAAGACAGAAAAGAUUGCGGAAAAUGUUUCCAAAACGCAGGACAUUUCCACAGAAAAAAGUACAGAAAAAGUGGAAGAUAAUAUCAACAGAUCAGAUGAUCCUGAGAAAGUUAGUAAACGUGAGGAGUCAGCAAAAUCUCAAACCUCAGAUGUGUCGAAGACCAAAUCUGAAAGUGCGGAAUCUGAUACUGUAAAAUCUGAAGAGCAAGUUGAAAAUAAAGAGUCGGAUCCAGAGAAAAGUACUGUCAGCAAUGAUGAAAGUAAAUCCGUUAAUACCUUUAAUUCUAUUAAACCAUGUGAGACAGAUGGAAAUGUUAAAAGUGUUUCCACUGAAGAAAUUUCACAUACUGAUAAGGAGAAGUGUGAUGAUAAAGUACAAUCACAGGAAACUAGUUCUAAUGAAAGAACUUUUGUCAGUGAAGAAAAACCUCUUGGUGAUGCAGAAGUGAAAGACUCAAAAGUAGAAGUCAGUAGUUAUAAUGAAGACAAUUUAAACAAAACACCCAAAGAAGGUAAAACAGAUUCACAGGACGAGGAGGGAAUUUCUACUAAGAGUAAGGAGGGUGAAGUUGAAGCAAGGAGUUCUACAAAUAAUGAUAAGGAAAUUAGUUCAAUGGAGGAAAGUGAGUCUAAAAUAAAAUCAUCAGAUGUUAUAGAUAAAGAAACCAAUUCUGAUAGUUCAUUAAAAGUUUCCAAUGAAGAGGUUAAAGAUUUUAAAAACAAAUCUGCCGUAGAUUCUAUUAAUGACUCUGAAGAGAAAUGUUUGAAAGAGAAGGAAGAUUUAAAAGUAGAAGAUACUGUUGACUAUGAAAAUAUUGAUAAAAGUUCCAUAGAAAAGGUUGAGAAAACGGAAGAAUUAUCACCUGAACAGGAUAAAAAAUCUAAUGCAGUAAGUAGUAAAGUUGAUGAAAAUCAACAGGUAAACGUGUCUAAAACUGGUACAGGGACUGAAAAUGAAGAAAAGGCUGAAGGUAAAUAUCUGCAAAAUGCUCCUUCAAAUGAAAUCAUUGAUGAUGCAACAGUAAAUGAUACCGACAAAGAUGCUUCAAUUUCAUUAAAUGAUGCUAAUGAAAGUCAAGAAAAUGAUGUGAAUAAGGGUCAAGCCAAGAAUGAUCAAGAGGAGGAAAAGAAUGAGGAAAGUAAGAUAGAAUCAGAUAAGACACCAGAGAAAGCCAAACAAGAAUCUCCAGCGAAUGAAGUCCAGCAGGAAAAGGAUCCAGACACUGCAAAACAGAGUACUCCGAAAACGAAAAAACAGAAUCUGAAAGGACGUAAAAGGGGGAUUGAGUUCGACGAAUCUGCCGAAGAUUCCCCCGUGGAACCUUACUCAAAGAAAGCGAAGGACGGGAAGAAAAUAAUUCCAAGAGGGAAACGAAGGACCACAAAGAAAGUGGAUUCCUCGUCGGAUAGCGAUGACAUUCCGCUGAGUAAGAUUGGGAACAAGUCGGGGGAAUCAGCCAAGAAACGGACAGAAUCAUCUACACCUUCCAGAAAAAGUACCAGGCCAGUCAAGAAAAAGAAAGUCUCCAGUGAUGAUGAGGAGGAAGAAGAAAGUCCAAAGAAAACGAAGUCAAAGAGGAGAAACAUUGCAGAAAAACCAAGUGAAAGCGAAGAUGAGGAGGAAGGUCCAGAAACAACAAAGAAAGGAAGCUCCAAGAAAUCAAAACCACCACCCAAAAAGACCAAGAAACAAGAGGAGCAGGGUUCCAGUGAUGAUGACCUACCUCUGAAAAAUUCCAAAACGGCAAAAAACACCAAACUGAAGACUGAGGAGGAGGCUGCAAGCGAUGAGGACGAUCAGGGCAGGAGGAGGAGUGCCAGGGUGAGGAAUAUGAGGAAGAAGAAGGACCCGACCCCAGAGCCUUCCAGUUUUGAGGAGGACAAUGUGGACACCGAGUUUGAGGUGGGCUCCGAGGAGGAAACGUCAGAUGAUGAAUUCACUCCCACCAAAGGACGCAAUGCUCAAAGACAGGAGGCUCGCAAACGCCAGUUAGAAGAAGAUAAAGCAGAAGAGGAGAUUCCAAACGACACACCCUGCUGUAAAUGUCAGAAAACCCACCAACCAGAAUGGCUGCUGCUGUGUGACAAGUGUGAUGCGGCGUUCCACACGGCCUGUCUCCGCCCCCCUCUGAUGAUCAUCCCGGAUGGAGACUGGUACUGCCCACCCUGUGAACACAAAUCCUUGGUGUCAAGGCUACAAGAAAAUUUGAAAGAUUUGGAUACAAACCUUAAAAAGCAUGAAAGAAUUAUCAAGAGGAAGCAGAGAUUGGCAUAUGUUGGAAUUAGCUUGGACAACAUUCUCAAAGAAGAGUACAAGGAAAAGAAAGAAAACAUAGCUCCUGACGAGGAAGAAUAUGAGAGCGAAGAAAGCCAGAAGAGUUUCAACCCUAAGCCCAGGAAGAGUAAAUACAUCAAGCGGACUUGUCGGCAGAGGAACACGAUCAGCUACAAGUUCGAGGACUUUGAUGACAUGAUUGACAAAGCCAUCAAACAGGAGGUCGAGGAGGUCAAGGAGUACAAGAAACAUAAUUAUGGACGAAGUAGGGGCAAAGACAUGGCCAACAUCUAUGAAGCUGAGGGUCGAGAAUACAUACCUUCUGACGAAGAAAAAUUAGAUAAACCACCGCCAGUGGUCAACAGGAAAAAGCGAACUCGCCGUCUGACGACAUUGGACAGUGAUGAUGAUGAUGAUCAGGGAGAGGAAAGCGAAGAGUUCCAUUUGUCUGAUGAGACUGUUUCUGAAGUUCCUGAAGAAGAUCAGGAAGAUACUGAAGAUGAGGAGGAGAUAUCCGACUACAGCGAAGAUGGAGAGGGCUGGAGGUCAGGUCGAAGGUCAACUCGAAAACCAACCAGGAAAAGUUCUCGGAAAAGAGGACGCCACUCCAUAUUUAAAGACUUUGUGGUGGAUGAAGAUGAAGACAGUGAGGAGAAUAGGCGAACAGCGAGGAGAUCUGCUCGUAAGAGAGUGACGUACCGCGAUCCAUCGAGCGAGGAGGAAGCUGAGACUGAGGAGACAGAGGAGGAAAGCUUUGACAGCGAGGAUCUGUGUUCUGAGGACAGCGACUCCAAAAACAAGAAGAGCAAAAAGAAAAUUGAAAUCGCAAAGAAGAAAAAGAAAUUGGAGACUUCAUCGGAAACAGAGCAAGAAAGUGAAGGGUCAGUUGUGAAAAAGAAAUCCAAGUCUUCUUCAAAGAAAAAGACAAAAAAGAAAGUAGAGGAAAGUGAAAGUGAUUCAGAGGAUGAACGCAAUAGACGAUCCAGAAGGAAUGUGAAAAAGAUCGAUUUUAAGUCAUUAAUGAUGUCUGAAACUGAGAGUGAAGAUGGAGGAAAGAGCAGCAAGAAAAAGAAGAAAGUUUCUAGUAGUGAGAGUGCGUCCAGUGAUGAAACAGGGUCAGAAAGUGAAGAGGAGGAAGAAGAGGCUAUGAAGAAGAAGAAGAAGAAUGUAAUCCGAGAUGAAUCUUCAGGGACGGAUGAAUAUGAACCUGAAGACAAAAACAGUAAACUAGAGGAGAAAGACAUAGAAAAAAGUGUGGCAGAAGAUAAAACAGAGGAAAAGACUGAAGAGCUCUCUGCUGAUAGUGUUGUUGUGAAAAGUGACAAAGAAAAGAUGGAUUCAAAGGCUGAAUUGAACGUACCGGACAUAGGUGCUGCCCCUCCAAAUCCAUCAAAUGUAGUUACCAGUGAGAAUUCUAGUAUUCCUAUGAACAGAGGAUUUGAAGAUCAAGCUGUACACCAAACUGUCCCUCCUCAGCAGCAUAACAUGUACUCAAAUUUCUCCAAUGUACCUCAAGGACCUCAGAACGUGGGAUUCCAUCCACCACAGCAGUUCCCAAACCAAAGACUUCCUUAUUCGGGAAUGGAUAAACCAGUUUUCCAGCCCCAGCCCGGCCCAAUGAAGAGUCCCCCACAUUUACCUACCCCUCCCAAUCAUCCUCACAGUCACAAUCAGAGACACAUAUCAAGUCCACCCCAGGGGAUUUCAAGCCCCCCUCCAUUCCCUGGACAGAACCGAAUGGCCAGUCCACCCCAUCAGAUGAUGAGUCCAUCACACAGUCAAGCCCCACCUCACAGUCAGAUGAAUCCUCGCAUGUCCUACCCCUCCCCCCAGCAUGGGCCCCGUCCAGGAGAUCCCCAGAAUUUUCCUAACAGCCCACCCCCAGUUCCGUCAUCCCAGGGCCCGCCGAUGCAAUUUGAUCCCAGAAUGCAUCAGAACAGGAUGCCAAUGGACUACAGAGGACCACAUCCAAGGAUGCUAAACAACUCCAACAACCCAUAUUCUCAGUAUGGAAAUCUUCCACCUGGACCUCAAGCCAUGAACUUUCAGAAUCAGAUGAGAAUGCAUGGUUCGGUUCCGUCAAGAAUGGAAGGUCCUGGACAAAUGGAUCCUGUAAGCUCUUCCCCAGGAGGACCAUUGACGUCACUAGGACAGAUGGUAGUUCCUGGAUAUCAGGGCCCCUCACAGCAAAUACCAAGACCAGGCGGUCCACCGAAUUCCAUGAAUAUGGGUAUGCCAAGACACAACAUGCCCCCAAUUCAGCAAUCACCUCACAGCAUACCACAGAGUUCAGCCAGUCAGAAUGCAGGAAUGUUAUCCAAUACUCAAGGACAACACAUGCCUUCAAAUUUGAUGAUGCAAAACAUGCCACCUUCUUCUUCGAGUUCCCAAUCAGUUGGAUUUAAUGUACCAAGUAAAGGGAUGCCACCCUCUUAUCCAGGACAAACACCAGCUUUAAGUAAUUCCAGUCAAAGCACAACUCCUCCGGCUUCUGAUGCUCCCAAAGCUGGAUCAAAGAGGGGCAGACCUAAAGGCAGCAAAAGCAAAAAGAAGAAAGAUGCAACAGCAGAGAAUGAAUCUUCCAAAUCUCCUGGAUCAUCUCCACAAAUAGAUGCUCCAAAGUUUCCAUUUCCUGUUCCACCCAAUGGAGAAAUGGAUCAGAGACAAAUGCAUCCUGCUGGUGUCCCUGAAAACUUGCAAAGACCCAUGAUGCCCGGCCAUGAAAACAGGGUAAGGCCUUCUCCAUAUAUUGGUAGAAAUGAAGCUAUUCAAGGUCAUCCGGUCAGUCAUGCACCCCCACCACCGCAACCACCCCAACCACCAAGUGACUCAAGCAGUAGACCUCCAGAUCCAAAGGUGCAGUCCACCGAAGACAAGCAACGGUUAAAAGACAGUGAUAAACAUAAAAGACCUCCAGAAAAUGACACACAGAAAAAGCCUGUGGAAGAAGCUAAGACAAAUCCAAGUAGUGAUGAUAAACAGAAACCCAUUUUGAGUGAAGGCAGCAUUAAACAGGGUGUUGAAAUUGAGACAGGUGGUCGACAGACUGGUAAAGAAAUGAUGCAUCGACCCCCAAUGGGUGCUGUGGGUCAGAGACCACUUGGGCCAGAGAUGGGUCAUCAAAUUCCGGGCCCAGAUAUGGGUCAGAGACCCAUGAUUCCUCCCUCCAGCCAGAUGGGUCAGCAUCCCAUGCCGCCACAGUUCAGUGAUAUGAGUCAAAGAAUGAUGCAUCCUGGAAUGAUGCCGCCCAGAAUGAUGGACUCAAGAGGUAUGCCCAUGCUUCCACAUGGACACCCAAUGAGAGCACCCAUGUCUUAUCCGGGCUUCCCUUACAACAGGGAUCAGUAUGGAAUAAAUGGGCAUCCAGCGUCUAUUCACUCUUCUAUGCAGGACCCGAGCAGUUUUUCUAGCAUGAAUCCAGCAAUGAUGAGCUCCCCUCAUCAGAACCCAAUGAUGCACCCCAGCCAUGUUUCUCCGUCUAUGGGAGGGGGGCGUGGAUUCAUGAUUGAUAAUCUGUUGGAGAAAAACCAAAAAUCAGCCAUGUCCUCUUUUUCUGAAAAUUUGGAGGAGGGAGCCUCUACUCCGGCAGAAAGCAAAGGGGACUCCUCUCAAAUAGAGCAGGAAUAUGGACCAGGUUACCAAGGCGACCAGGAGGAAGAAGGGGUAUCAGACAUUGCUGACAUUGUCAAAUGUUUCAAAGCAUAGUGGAUUGUCAUCCAGUCUUCAAAACCAAGUUAUACAAUCCGUCUUCCAUGGAAAUUUGUUCAAACUGCUUGUGAUUACAAUUUCCCAACUCAGUUGAAAACAGUUCAAGGUGAAGAGAAGUUUGUGUGUUAAAUCUAGGGGAAAAUACAUGUACAAUACUGCCUCUUGUGCACACAGAGCUAUUAGAUUAGCUUUAUGAGGUGUUUUAUUGAUACUUAUAAAUAUGUUCAUUUAUUUCAUUAUCAUUGUUGUAUUUAUGAUAUUCAUUCAGUCAUUUUAUACAUUGACUUUAUCAGAUGUGCUUUUUAACUAAAUGGAAAAUGAAUGAGAAAUUUUGUUUUCUCCUAGAGGCAGUGAGUGUAAGGCCUAAAAAAAAUUAAUGUUUUGUUUCUCAUCAGGUUAAACACUACAGCAUUGAUUUAUUGAAAUGCUUUUUUGAAAAAGGGGAAUAACUCGAUUUUGAAAUUUUAGUUGAAAUAUGAAAAUUUAGUUAUUCCCUUUGCAAAUUUUGCUUUUUUGGAAAAGGGGAAUAACUUUUUUUUAAAUUUUAGUUGAAAUAUGAAAAUUUAGUUAUUUCCUUUGCAAAUUUUGCAUUAUUUAAGCCUGCCUGUUGCUUUGUAAUUUUUUUGGCCUGAGAAACUGAAUAUUAAAUUUUUUAAGGUGUAAUACGUGUUGAAUUUUUAUGCUGCUAUGAAUCAGGGUUGUGAUUGUGAUUUUUUUUCCCCUGUAAAUUUAUAAUUUUGUAUCGUCGAAUGAUUUUGCAACUUGUAUCCAUGUUAGUUUAUAAGAAUUUCUUAAAUCUUUAUUUGUUACGUAAGUGUUGUCCCAGGUUCAUAACUUGUGUUUUAUGUUCAAAGACGUGUCAAUAGUUUUAUAUAUAUCCUUACGCUUUAUUAGUGGCAAUAUACAUGUAUGUGUGAAUUAAAGAGUGACUUAUUCAAUUUUCUGUAUUAGGAUAUUUUUAUUUUCUGUGGUUAAAGGAUAUUGUUUCUUUGAUUUAAGGUACUUCUCCGUUUCUUGCUUGACAACCCAGUAUUAUUUGUUCAGUGCGUGUGUACCUUAAAAGAUUCAAUUUCUCCUUAAUGUUAAUUCUUUAGUUUGCAUAAAGAAAAAUCAAAACAUGUUUUCUCACAUGUUCCCAAAUUUUAUUUUUAUUUUGACUAUUAUAAACAAAUUUGAUUUUCCAAUUGUGUCCAUAUUAAUAUAUACUAGUACAUACUUGUAAAUAGUAUUGAUAUUGUACAUGAAAACUUUUUUCUGAUUUUUUUAAAGAAAGCUUAUAUUUAGACAUGUCAGUUUCAAUUUUGUUUUACAGUAGAACUGUACGAGCUGGCUUUACUGAAUGCAUUGAUUGCAAAAUAAUCAAUGAUAAGUGUGAUUUGUACAUGUACUAUAUUUUUAUUAGUAGAAAGAGCUUGCAUUUUUUUUUUGUUACAAAGUAAAAGAGGUGCUCAAUAUAUAUGUGUGUCUACUUAUAUUGUAAAUACUAUUCAUACUAUAUUUGUACAUAUAGUUGUUUUUUAUACUUUGUACAUACGUACUCUUUUUCAUACAUUUUUUUCUACUCCAUUUUAAACUUGUUAGCAUUUAGUCAUUUUUUUUUUCCAUCGGCACAGUGUUACAUUAACUGUGUAGCCUAGAUCUGGUCCUUAUAUCAAGUCCUGAUUGAUACGCAUUAUCCAAUGGCAUUAUGUUGUGAAGUCUCUUUUUCUUUGAACAGAUUGUUCUCUGUUUCAUGUACUGUAACUAAGCUUCAUGGAGUGAAUACGUUUAUUGACACAUAGAACUUGGCCACUGAUAUUUUUUUUUCUCCCUGUUCUUUAGGCAGUUAAUGCAUGCUUUGAUUUUUUUUUUAAUGAAAAAUUCCAUCCAUAUGUUGUAAUGUAAAAGAAACAUUUAUUUCAUUAUUUCAUUUAUAUUUAAUUUAAAACUAUUUUUUAAGGAAGGUUGGUUCUUAUGAAAAGAGAGGCAACUCCCCAAAUAUGAUAACUUAAUUUUUGAUUUGAUAAAUGUCAAUUUUUAUCCCACAAUGAAAAUUGAAUAAAGAUUUAAUUUUCCAGAAGAGGAAAUUGUAAUAUGUGUUAGCAGAGGGAUGCUGUACAUUUUGUCAUUAUAUUUUUCACUGUCAGCUUUUUUCUACCAGUCGCACAAAUUUAAAUUCUCAUUUUGUUAUCACCAUACUCGUGGAUACCAAAGCAUAUAAAUCCAACCGGCAAAUGCCUGCAGUCCAGUCAGACUCUAAUUAACGAAAUGUUUUCUUUUUUUUUUUUUUGAAUUAUUAUUUCAUGUAUUCAUUUGUUUUCCUCAAAGAAACUUCAGUGCUACGGGAACUCUGCCGCUGGUAUGGUUUUUAUUACUUAGUUUAUAUACGUUACGUAACGAUUUGUGUUGAGAUUUCAGCUCACCUGCUGGUUGACUAGUGGCUUUUGUCUGUUGUUUUGUCCCUCUGUGUUAGAUCUGAUAUGUUUUUUUUAAGUUGAUCUCAGGACUUCUAUGUUAUUUAGCAUCUGAAAUCCUCAUAUCACAUGUCACAUAGGAAUUUAUGUUUCUCUCAUGAAUCAAUAAAAUUCUAAACUCUG